CGUCACCUCCUGCUGUUGACCAAGUGGGCCACUUCCAGACACAGAGACACCACCACCACCGCCACCCCAUAGAGCUAUGCCGUCCGACACACCGCUCCACAAGGCAGCGCACAAUGGCGACAAGGGCGCGUGCCUGCAGAUUCUGGAAGAAAAGUCCGUAGACGUCAACGCACCCGGCGCAGGAGACCGACGGGCGCUCCACCGCGCGGCAGGAGGCAAUCACGCCGAGUUGUGUACACUGCUGUUGGACAGAGGCGCAGAAAUCGACGGGGCGGAUAAAAGCGGUCGAACGGCGCUGCAUUGGGCCUCCAUCAGCGGCCAUAAAGAGGCCACGUUGGUCUUGCUGCAGAAGGGUGCAAACAUUAAUGCAGAGACGACAACGGGGAUGACGGCACUCCACGGCGCAGCCGAGGGCGGCAAAGUGGAAAUAGUUAGGCUGCUGAUGGAAAACAAGGCGGAUUCGUUCAAGAAAGACGCAAACGGGAAGUUGCCCUUCGACUACGCCAUGGACGGCAAGCAUAAGGCUGUAGUAAAAGUGCUCAAGGAUAUGGGAGACGCGGCCGCGCAGAGUGCAUCCUGUGUUAUUCAAUAGCCGUUCGACCGCCAUACAACGCAACGAGGAGUCUUGCCGCCAACGAAUUGUUAUUUGACCCCAU